AUGCCGAUGGACUACGACCAGUUUAUCGGACACCUGCACCCACGGUCAAAACACGACGGUGCCCGCGCCCCCGAGCCGGAACGGCUCGAGCAGCGCGAACAGCGCUCGGUCGAGUUCCGGGAUCACCACGCAAUACACCCACCAGGAACCGACGCUCGACAAGGACGGCGACGUAUCGGUGGUCGUGGGAAUGCAGAAGGGGAGGCGCCGGACGAGGAGUUCAGAGGAAGUCGGUGA